CAUAGGCUGUAGUGUUGUUGAGAGUCCGCUUCAGUCCAAUUCAAAGUGUUGUUCGUUUCACAUCAACUGAAUUCAUGUUCUUACAGUUUUUUUUUUAAUAGAUAUAUACAUUUUUAUGUCACGGAAAUACAGUCAAUACAAAGCCGAGAGUUUAAGAGGGCUAGUCUAACCUGGAGCCUUGGCUGUAGUACAGACCAGACUGACCACCAUUACUCCUGGGAACAUGAAACGACAACGGAAAGCUGACAGGCUCUCCCUGAGACAGGCCGGCCCCCAGGCCAAGAGGGGCAGUCCCCGAGUCCAAUGCGCUGUCAGCUCCCUUAUAAAGCAACAGCUUGUUGCUGAGCAGGUUUCAGACAUGAAGACUUUAUCAGGAGGAUUUGUUGGCCAGCACCUGCAGGAACUAGAGGAUGUGAGUGUGACACACAAGCCUGACAGUUCAGGGCCCUCCGUCUCUUCGACCAAUGCUGAAAGGCUCCCACAGUCAUGCGAUCAUCUGGGUGAUGGGCAGACUCCUGCCACUACUGACAGUGCCCUUGUGUCCACGGGUGAUGCAGUAUCUAUUCCGGACCAGAAGGAGGUAGUGGAGACACCAGAGCUGCAGGGCCUUGGCUCCUCUCUGAAGGUCACCAUCCAGAGGGAGAGCGACAGCCGGGCGUUCGGGGAGACGGCUGGACAGCCAGAGGGACAGCCGCAGGGACAACACCACUGCCACCUCUGCAGCAGCAGCUGUCCAAGCCUGCAGGCAUUUCAGAACCACAUGAUGGGGACAGAGCACCAGAAGAGGCUGAAGGUGGUCACAGAGAUUGUGAAGACCGCAGGAAGCAGGGGAGAUCAGCCAAUCAAGCCACGGUGGUGUGACACCUGCCAAAAACAUUUUAGUGGUGACGUUAUCCUUCACCGCCGGACAAAUCCGCAUAAGAUGUGUAAGCAGUCAUCUCGUCCCUACUGCCUGGUGUGUAAACGGCACUUCCGAACUCCCAGGAAGUUUGUGGAACAUAUGAAGUCACCAGAACACAAACAGAAGGUGCUCUUGGAGGAGGCACAGGAUGACGAGCUCAUCACGGUGGACGCCAUCGGCUGCUUCGAGGGCGAGGAGGGGUCUGGAGGGGAGGGGUCGGGAGGGGAGGGGUCGGGAGGGGAGGGGUCUGGAUGGGAGGGGUCUGGAGGGGAGGGGUUGGGAGGGGAGGGGUCGGGAAGGGAAGAGGUAGUGGCUGGAGAGGGAGAUGGAAACACAAGAGGUGGAGGGGAGGAAACCUUCAAAGGAGAGGAAAAAGAAAAACAGGACUACGACCCUGACACAGUUUACGGAAGCAGUUUUGUGGUCCCUGUAACCGGUUUCCUGUGUCGUCUCUGUCAGAAGUUCUUUGAUAACGAGGCCACGGCGCGGCACACACACUGUCGAACGCACACACACUACCUCAACCUGCAGAUUCACCAGACGUUUGGAAACGAUGGGAACCUGACACAAGAGCACACAUCCUCACCACAGACAUCAACAGCACCGAAUGAGGAACACAAGUACACAUAGGCCACGGCCACACCAACCUUGUACAUCUGAGAAGGCUCCGUUCUGGCUUUCCAUCGAGUUAGGCUCUCAGUGUACUGAUAUACACGAUGCAACAGUGGCAAUGGAAGAUCCUAGGGCAGGCAGUGACCAACCUCUUUAAGGUCUUCUAACAUUACUGUUCAGCUGCUUCCCGCUCCUCGGUUCUGAAACCCAUCAACGUCUGCUCUUAAUAUCUAUGACUAAGUGCAGUAGUUUAGCAGUAGUUCGCUCAGGCUACGAAUAAUGAGGUCUGUCCGCUGUACAGUUAUUUAUCUAUGUCAAACAUCAAGAGUGAAAAAUGUCCUGUGACCCCAUAUGCAGUUCAAGUGACCCAACAAUGGGUCCCGACCCACAACAAACGAACAAGCUAAAAAACAUCAUGUUUACGCCAUACUAGAUGCUAUUUAAAGUGUCAAUAUCUAGUAACUAUAAGUCUCCUUACAAUGUUACAGCAUCUAGUAUUGUAUAUCAGAUGCCUUGUCUGACCGUCCAAGAGAAUAGAGUAGGCCUAAACGGUUGCUUUGGAAAUAAGAGACAUGCUUUGGAUAUAUUUGACAAGAACACUUGGAGAAAGAAAGGGAAAAUGUUGAAUGUAUCGCUCACAUAAACAGUCAUGCUUUGGAAAUCUCUGUCUGUUCAAGAAAACACGGGGAGCAACUGGUCAGGAGAGGAAAAGGCUGGUCAGGAGAUAUGGUGUAGGAGGGGAAAAUGUAUGGAAUGCUUACUGGACAAGAGAUUUAGCUGUUAAAUAAUAAAUGAAAGAGGCGGAGAUGAAACCUUUUCACUUUACACACACGUUAAUGUGGAUAUUGACAAAAAUAAAACCCACCAAACACCCACACAGAGGAUGUUCUGGGACAAUGAAAGGGAAAGACAAAGGCUUGUAAAGAUGAGGACAGACGGAAGGGUGUACAGUUACUUCGCAUCCCACAAUGCCACAGAUGACUGCUUCCUCUGGUGCUAAAUAAAGGCUGCAUCAUCAUUUUAACCUCCUUUGUUUCUGCUUAUCGAUUUAGUGAUGUUCAAUGCUACACACAUUUUUUUUAUCUACCUGUCUUAUUUAAAAAUAAUUACCUAGCAAAUAAGAGGACAGAUCACUCCAGCAUUUAGACACCCAAUACACAGAAAUGCUUUUGAGGGGUGGAUUCUGCUGUGAUGUAUUGACCAGGAACUCAACAGUCUGGUGGAUAUGUAAUAUGUAUAGCUGUAGUUAGAAACGUAACACAAGGACUGUUAUGAUUUAUGAAUAAUGCCACCCAUCUAUGUGAUGGU